AAGUGGGUCGGGGGCUCGGCCUCUGCCCGGCCUCGGAGCCGGAGCCGGAGGUGUUACCUUAGAGGGGUCGCGCCGAGCUAUCCCGUCGGGCGGCGUACCCCGGGCAGGGCCCGGGCCAAGAGUCCAGGAUGCUGAACGUCCCUUCCCAGUGUUUCCCGGGCGCCAGCUCGCAGCAGCGCGUCUCCUCCGGGGGGCGUAGCAAGGUCCCUCUGAAACAGGGCAGAAGUCUUAUGGAUUGGAUUCGACUGACCAAAAGUGGAAAGGACCUAACAGGAUUAAAAGGAAGAUUAAUUGAAGUAACUGAAGAAGAACUUAAAAAACACAACAAAAAAGAUGAUUGUUGGAUAUGCAUAAGAGGGUUUGUUUAUAAUGUCAGCCCGUACAUGGAGUAUCACCCUGGUGGCGAAGAGGAACUCAUGAGAGCAGCGGGUUCAGAUGGUACUGACCUUUUUGACCAGGUUCAUCGUUGGGUCAACUAUGAAUCCAUGCUGAAAGAAUGCCUGGUUGGCAGGAUGGCCGUUAAACCUGCUUUUCCUAAAGACUAUCAUGCGGAAAAGAAACUCUUAAACGGCAUGCUUCCCAAGAGCCAAGCGACAGAUCCACUUGCCAAAGAAGGGCCGAGUUCUCCGAGCUAUGACUGGUUCCAAACAGACGCUUUAGUCACCAUUGUCAUAUAUACUAAACAGAAGGAUAUCAAUUUAGACUCGGUAAUAGCUGAUCACCGGGAUGAUUCCUUUAGAGUAGAAACAGUUAUCCAGGAUUAUUCAUAUCUUAUACAUAUUGCCCUAAGUCAUGAGAUUCAGGAAGAUUUUUCUGUGCGAGUUGUUGAGAAUGUGGGAAAAAUAGAGAUUGUCCUGAAGAAAAAAGAGACUACUUCUUGGAAAUGCCUUGGUCAUCCCCUGGAGAAUCAUAAUUCACUUAUUCCAAAGAAAGAUCCAGGUUUGUACUACAGAAAGUGCCAGUUAAUUUCCAAGGAAGAUGUGACUCACGGUACGAAGCUUUUCUGCUUGAUGCUUCCACCAAGCACACAUCUUCAGGUGCCAGCUGGGCAUCAUGUUUACUUCAAGCUAACUAUUACAGGUACUGAAAUUGUGAAGCCAUAUACACCCGUAUCUGAUUCCUUAUUCUCAGAGUUCAAGGAACCAGUUUUUCCCAACAAUAAAUACAUCUACUUUUUGAUCAAAAUCUACCCUGCUGGACUCUUUACACCAGAGCUUGAUCAUCUUCAGAUUGGAGAUUAUGUUUCUGUAAGCAAUCCCGAGGGCAAUUUUAAAAUAUCCCAGUUCCAAGACUUGGAAGAUCUCUUUUUAUUGGCAGCGGGAACAGGCUUCACACCAAUGGUUAAAGUACUGAGUUAUGCUUUGACUAAUAUACCCAGUCUCAGGAAAGUGAAGCUGAUGUUCUUCAAUAAAACAGAGGAUGACAUAAUUUGGAGAAGCCAAUUGGAGAAAUUAGCAUUUAAGGAUAAAAGAUUUGACCUUGAAUUUGUUCUCUCAGCACCUACUUCUGAAUGGAACGGCAAACGGGGAUACAUUUCACCAGCUCUGCUUUCUGAAUUUUUGAAAAGAAGUUUAGACACAUCCAAAGUCCUCAUCUGCAUUUGUGGACCAAUGCCAUUUACAGAACAAGGAAUGAAGUUGCUGCAUGAUUUGAACUUUUCCAAAGAUGAGAUCCAUAGUUUUACAGCAUAAUGAAGAGCCGUCAUUCAGCUGUUUUAGCUAAAUUUGUGAUUACUUAGGGUUUUUUAAAAGAACAUUUUUGUAUAUAGGUUAACUAGAAUCCAGGUUUUAGUUUCUUAAAUGAAAUCAAAUGUUUCUUCACUAUAGAUACCUUAUUGACUUUAUUUUGUACCAUAACUUAUUUUACUACUGAUAUUUGUCCUGGAAGGUCAAUCGUGGCAACAAGUAUAUACAGGAUUCUUUGUUAUGAAUCACAAAGUUCCUUACCAUUUAAACUGUAUCACUGUUCUACAGUAAGCUCUUGUGUUUUAUGACAUGAUAAAGCAAAUGAUCAUUUUGAUCACAUUUCUAUGCUGUAAAAUGUCUGAUUAGCAAUACAGAUUAAAUUUUACAUUGCACUGUAAACUCAGGAAAUGAUCAUUUAUGUCCUUGUUCUUACUAUGAAAACAUGGAAUGUUAUAACUUAUUAAGUGAUCCAAACAUUUUGUGUGUCUAUGGCCUUGAUACAGAGUAGAAUAAAAAAUAUUCUUAAGUACUUUUUUUUUUUUUUGCGGUACUCAGGCCUCUCACUGUUGUGGCCUCUUCCAUUGCGGAGCACAGGCUCCGGACGUGCAGGCUCAGCGGCCACGGCUCACAGGCCCAGCCGCUCCGCGGCAUGUGGGAUCUUCCCGGACCGGGGCAUGAAUCCGCGUCCCCUGCAUCGGCAGGUGGACUCUAAACCACUGCGCCACCAGGGAAGCCCUGAAGUACUUUUUAAUCUUUGUGGUAGAAAUGUAUUUGAGUGCAACAGUAUAGGUUAGUGUCUACGGGGAAUUUUAAAAGCAGCAAUAAAAGAUUCUGGAGACACUUCACACACACAGCUUUGGAUUAUAUGUGUUUAGAAAGUUUAAGACAACCUUGACAGCUAUUUUGAUUCUUAGCCAAAACUAGAGGCAUCAGGAAAGAUAAAGUAUAGCAUCUGGUCUCAUGGUCUAAAAUAAUCAUUUGGUACUUUGGAAUGGGUUAAAUUUAAAUUCUUUUUGAGCCCAUCUAGACCAGCUGGGAAAAUGAGGAACACUCCAUCCUAAAUGGUACCUUCCCUGGCUGGCUGCUUGCCCCACAGCUGGCGGUUCAGCAGGGAGCCCUCCUAAGCUUUGCUGUGUGGGCAUCUUAUUCUCUCUCCCUGCUGCUGUGUGCAGCCUUCAGAAGCUUUCACAGAUUGGGAUUCUGCAAAGGGUAUCAAGAAAAGCCAUUGUAUAUACUACCAAAUGUAAAAUAGAUAGCUAGUGGGAAGCAGCUGCAUAGCACAGGGAGAUCAGC